AUGGCGGUUUGUGCUAUGAAGGUACCAGUAGGUACGCUUGUGUCUGCCCAGAUGGCUACAAUGGAACCAAACUGUGAAAAUGAUAUCCAGGAAUGUGCCAGUAACCCAUGUCUGAAUGGUGCAUCGUGCACUGAGAGUGUUGGUUCCUACUCAUGUGAGUGUGUUCCUGGCUAUGCAGGGGAUAGGUGUGAAACUGACAUUGAUGAGUGUAGCAGCAGCCCCUGUCAGAACAAUGCAACAUGUGUUGACCUGCUGAAUGCAUACAGCUGCAACUGUACCGCUGGAUGGCAAGGGACAACUGUGAAAUUGAUACAUCCCCAUGUGGUAGCAGCCCGUGCAAUGAAUAACGCAACAUGUCGCAACUUGGAUACAUCAUACAAAUGCUUGUGCUCCAUCGAAUGGACUGGAAGUAUUUGUGACAUUGAAACCAUUGAGUGUUCAAGCCAGCCGUGUUUAAACGGAGGCACAUGCUUUGAAGGCAACAAUGCAUUCAGAUAUAUUGAAGAGUGCUCCAGCAGUCCUUGCCAGAAUAAUGGAUCCUGCAUUGAGGGAGUGAAUGGAUACAUCUGCCAGUGUAUGGCAUCACAUACUGGCACACAUUGUGAGAUAGAUAUCAAUGAGUGUGAUAGUAACCCCUGUCUGAACGGCGCUACCUGCGUACAAGAGUUAGAUCUCUAUACAUGCCAGUGCCCCCUUGGCUUCAACGGUACCAACUGUGAGAUAGAUUCAAAUCCGUGUUUGAGCGACCCAUGUCUGAAUGGCGCAACUUGUUUACAACAACUUGACCUUCAUACUCCUGCCAAUGCCCCGCAGAAUGGUCAGGAAUUAACUGUGAAACAG